UUUACAUUCAACAGUCAACAUCCACAUACAACUUUUGUACACAGAUUUUCACCCGUUGCCUUUCCUUAUAUUCCUCUCCCUCCAAACAAAAACCUAUCCUCCCAGUUCUCAAUAGAUCAAAAUGCCUCCCUCUAAACGCAAUCGCAUCGUCCACACCUCCAAAACCCACAAGAACCGUAAAGAACUCGUCAGGAGACUGGCUGCAAAUGUGCAAGAGGCCGCUGAGCAGUACAACUACAUUUGGGUAUUCGGUGUCGAGAACAUGAGAAAUAACUUUCUCAAGCAAGUUAGAUCAGACCUCAGCGAUUCGAGGAUAAUGAUGGGCAAGACAAAAGUCAUGAUGGUAGGACUGGGCCAGACCGCCGAAACCGAGUGUGUACCUGGUGUCAGUGCUUUGGGACGUUAUGUCAAGGGCGAGAUGGGGCUGCUCUUUACAAAUCAAGAACCGUCAGAAAUCGAACAAUAUUUCCAAGGGACGCUCAACUUGGACUAUGCUAGAAGUGGAACAGCCGCAACGCAGGAGGUCAGAAUACCUCCAGGAGAGCUUCAUACCAUGUACGGUGUACCAGGCGGGGAGGAAGAUCCACUGCCCAUUCAAAUCGAGCCUACCCUUCGCAAACUUGGAAUACCCACACGCAUACUGAAAGGAAAGGUGGUGCUGGAGGAGAGACCUGAUGGGGCUAUGGUGGACGACGAUGAAGGCUAUUUGGUGUGUAGGGAGGGAGACACACUGGACUCCAGACAAACAAACAUACUCAAAAUUCUAGGUGUCCGCAUGUCAGAGUUCAAGAUUGACCUGAAAGCUGUCUUUGACAAGAAUGAGGGUGCAGUACGGGAAAUCAAUGGCAUGGACAUUGACGGAACUGCUGUUUGAGAACUUCCUUAUCAUGUUCAACUUCACGAAUGACGAAUCAUGCGAGCUGUGUACUCAUCCGGCUUCACAUACUACCAUCAGUGACAAAGCCGACCUAGACCUCUCUCUGGAAGGGCGCUGCUCAGACGUUUGUUCAAGGCUUGUGGAGCAUCAAUCUCGGAGGUGAUCCUGCCUGAAUCUUCGGACUUCGAAAUUUCCAAAACCUUCCGUGCGUGCAUUAUGCCGGUGCCGCAUUCUUGCUGUUUGCGGCAAGGGUGGCUCAAGAAGAGCAUUUUAGAAGCAAGUCUGUGGGUUCUUUAUGAUGCGGCCCAAAGACGUCUACGCUAUAUCGAGGUGUCAAUUUACAUUCACCAAUCUCAGGGUGUUUGUCCCAUAUCAAUAUGAGUCGAGG